GACAACACUUCCCGCUUCAUGUAAGACAUAUCGCUCCCUUGGCUUCUUACAUACCUACCUACCUACCUACCUAUCUACCUAAGCCGUGCAUGUACCGGUCUCGUAGAUCGCUCACCGCCGUUCGCAAGUUCUCUUUGUUAGAGUUUAAGUUUGUGUAGCAGUUAGGUGGUGAUGAUCCGUCUAUCAUGGCGAUGAUGAUGAUGAUGACAACGACUGGAACGGAUAUUCUGGAGAGAACAGUAGACGACCACCUACACACUAGACUUCACACUAGACUACCCAGUCUGCCAGUGUAGCCUACAUUCAACUAAUGAAUCUUUUCUUCUCCCUUCCCCCCUCCCCACUUUCAUAUGCGAGACCCUGAAAAUCCCUCGACCAGGUAUAAAAUUUAUUAUAUUUCAUUUUCAUUUUCUAGUGCCCAUUCCGCGCAUCCCGUCAAUGUAAAUGUAUAUAUGUGCCUAGCACAUUUCUUCCAACCACCUAACUAGGUAGCCAUAGUUACAUUAACAAAACAGCUAGUUUCCCGAACGCGAUAUCGUCACCACAUCAUACCGUCAAGAUCUAGGUCAGCCGUGAGGUAUACCCUAAAACAUACCUAAGUGUCUUAUCUGGUUGAAAGGAGUCGACCACCUCUCUUGGCAAUGGGUUCCCUAAUCCCGGACCGCCAACCCCUCCACGACUCCAUCCCUCCUCUAAUCCUUGGCACGGCCACCUUCAACACGCAGUAUGUCCCGAACCCCUUCGAAUUACCUGCACUGUCUAUCGUAUCACGCGCCCUCGACCUCGGCGUCCGCGCUUUCGAUACGUCGCCGUACUAUGGACCCUCGGAGCUCAUCUUAGGCGACGCACUGGCCCAUCCGUCCGUCACUCGCAAGUACCCUCGUCCUUCUUAUUUCCUUGUCACCAAGGCCGGCCGCAUCGCUGGCGACGUCUUCGACUAUAGCCCAGGCUGGGUCCGGGCCUCGGUCUUGCGUAGUCUCGAGCGCCUGCAUACUUCCUACCUAGACUUGGUCUACAUGCACGACGUCGAGUUCGUCUCUCCGUCUGAGGUUCUGGCCGCCGUGCAAGAGCUACGCCGUCUACGCAUCGAAGGCAUUGUCCGUUAUGUCGGCAUCAGCGGAUACCCAGUCGACACGCUAUGCACGCUCGCCGAGAUGGUUCACCGCGAAACAAGCGAGCCGCUCGACGCCGUGCUGAGCUACAGCCACUAUACCGUGCAGAACACGACACUGGGUGCCGAGGCGAUGUUGCGGUUUGAGCGCGCCGGUGUAGAUGUCGUCCUCAACGCUAGCAUGUUGGGCAUGGGCCUGCUGACGACAAGAGGCGCCGACGCAGGGCCUCUGGCUAAGUGGCAUCCGAGUCCAGAAGGGUUAAGGAAGGCAUGUCAGGACCUUGUGCCUGUCGCGGUAGCUGCGGGUGAAAAGCUAGAGGUCGUCGCAAUCCGCUGGGCUUUAGACAACUGGGCUCGAGUUGGCGCGGGUAGAGGCGGUCGAACCCCGAAGUUUCCUAUCGGCGACCGUGUCGGUGUUAGCGUCAUGGGCAUCUCUACCGUUGCCGAAUUGGAGGAGACGUGUCGUGUUUUUAAUAGUGUGAUGGAGGGUUUGGAAUCUGAGACAACCGACAUCGAACAGAUGAAACGAAGACAAUGGAGCGUAGAUCGACGGCGGAAGAUUCAGGAGGUCGUUGAAAAGAUGUGGGCUGUCCUGGGCCGGUGGAAGGACUACAGCUGGAGUAGUCCCGAUCCUGGCUUCGUCAACGCUAGAAAUCCUACUGAGGCCGCCAAAUCACCGUUAAGCGUCAAUGUCGACGAGUUACCGGUAUUGAGUGUUUGACGCUUCUUUUCUUCCCAAGUCACCUCGUCGUUGGUAUGCAUACACACACACCUUAGUACCAGUAGUCUCUGGAGUUAGAUCUUCUAUAUCUGCGGAUUGAUAAAUGUUCGCAAUAGUCGUAGCCCUGUUUUUAAGACAUCCUAGUAUUGCGAUACUCUGCUGUUAUCCCGACUACAGACUUGGACUAUCAAGUUAUGUUCUGGGGUUGCCUAGGAGAAGACCUAGGAUGAGGGAUCCGAGACCAUGUGAAUUUCCGUGUCUGCGGUGUGUAGUACUAACACGUUGCUCUAAUGGUGCGGUCGUAAUUUGGAGAGUUCACAUAUUCUCCGGCUGCGUGCUUCGAGACGUGAUGUACCCACUUGGGUAUCUAAUUAUAGUGAGUAAUUAAUGAGAUUCAAAUCUACCUCCUACCUAGGUAGGUAGAGAUCCCCCCCUUGAAUGUAUUUUAUGGCGGAAUACUUAUCCCUAACUCAUGGUUUCCACGGUUG